UCCAAGAUCCUGCAUUUUGAUUUGUUUAUCAUUAUUCAAUGUUCAAUGUUUUUCAAUAUUUUCUUACUGUGAUCAAAAUAAAUUGGGCUAGGUAUGAAUAAAAUUCACUGAAGACAUCAAGACAGGAGUGUUACGUGAAUUUUUUGAAUUAAAGAUAACUGUAGUUAUAAAUAAGAAUUAGAAUGACGCCGCCGAUGGAAAGAAUCCAAAUUUUGGAGACUAUCGAAAAAGACAUUGUAGUGUGUUUACAAAGUGCAGGACAAGCUUGUAUGGAAUUGAGCAAGGAAAAAUCAAGCUUGAAGCAGGCAGAGUCGCAAACACAUCAAUUCUUGAAAACUCUAGGACAAUUGGAAUCUAAAUUAAGUGAACAGAUUAAUUAUCUCACGCAAGUUUCUACUGGUAUGUAUAUUUAUUUAACAAUAUCAUUACCAUAUCUCUUUCAAUAUAUGUUUUUAAUAAAUGUUUUUCACAGGCCAACCACACGAAGGUUCCGGAUAUGCAAGUCAAAAGGUACUGCAAAUGGCGUGGCACAGAUUGGAGCACGCGCGAAGUAGAGUUAACGAAUUGGAACGUAUAAAGAACAAGCUACGAUAAGUACAUAAUAUUCCUCAAUUCAAAAUAUAUAUAUUGUAAAGACGAGUAAUAUUACAUUAAUGUUGCUUGUGAUAACUCAUCUAAAGUUAUAAUAAAAUUACAUACUUUUA